UUUUUUAACUUUUAGUGGGCCCCUUUCCUCUGCUCUUUUUAUUCUCCAAAACCAAACAACUCUUCUCCUCAAUUUCCUCUUCAUCUUCUUCUUCCUCUGUUUUUUUUUUGGCUUUCAAUUUUCAAUUUUUGAUAUUUCUCUGAACUUUUAGUAACAAUGGUGACUGAAGGUACAGAGAAACCCACCAUUAUUUUCACCUAUGGAACACUCAAAAGAGGAUUUUCAAAUCACGUUCUCUUACAAGACAUGAUAGCCGCCGGCGAUGCUUCUUUCCUCGGCGUUUACCAAACCGUCGAUCGUCUCCCCCUCGUCUGCGGUCCUUACCGUGUUCCCUUCCUCCUCAAUUUCCCCGGCUCCGGCGAACACGUCCGCGGCGAGCUUUACGCCGUUUCCGCUCGCGGAUUGAUCCGUAUGGAUGAAUUAGAAGGAAUUACCCGGGCCCAUUACGAGAGGCUGCCAAUCAAAAUCCGGGCCGAUGAAGAAUCAGAAUCAGAAUCGGGGAAGACAAUGGAGGUGGAAGCGUAUUAUGCACACAGAAACUACGCGGAGGCGCUGUGGAAGAGAAACGGAGAGAAGGGUUUCAGAUGUUAUACAGAGAAAGAGGCAAAAGGGUAUGUGAAGCGUAAAGAUAGGCCACAACAUUUAACAUUUUUGGAACAAAUUGGGAUUUUCAUUUCUUCUAACCCUAAUUCUUGUUGUUGCAACAAAAAUCUUCCUGUUCCUUCUCCUCCUCUUCCAGUCAAUGUUGUUAACCAUUGAAAAUUUGGGUUUGAUUUUUGAAGUUU